AUGAACAGUAAUACAUCUGAGAAAAUAGUAAAUAAGUCAUUCAUACCAGAAGAUAAUGCUGUAGAGAAUAUAAAUAGCGUGGAAAAGACAUAUUCUGUACCAAGGUAUAUAUACAAAGAAGGACACUCUAGGUAUGUGACUAGAGACAUAUCUAUUAAUGAAAUAUUAUUUGUAGAGUAAAGGGUGAAGUAUAGUAUAUUCACAUAUACAGCAGGAGAGUCUUUUAAUCAUUGGGUUUAGCUAAUAUUACUUAGUACGUCUAAAUAUUGCAUACACAAACUGGAUAUAACCUGAAUAUUUAGGAUUAGUUUACUUUUCUGUAUUGUAAUAGCACGUAUUAGACUGCUGUGAAUAUGUUUUACAAUAUCUGUUUUAUGGGAAGUAUACUCUGUCUUAGUUAAUAACAAUCCACUA